CCGAGCCCCAGAGAAGCGGAUAGGGAGGGGAAGUGGAGAAAAAGUCAGCUAUCUGGCCUUUUCCCCCCUCAUCGGUCUAAAACUGGCCCCAUUACCGGGGAAUUGGACUGAAAACACCGUCUACCGUCUAUUUGGGGUUUUUUCCAGAGGCACGAGGGCCACCGGAGGGAGCGAAGAAGGCACGCGCACAGCCAGAGACGAAACCCAGAGUUCAUCAUCUGAGCGGACAGAAGUGUUUGACCAAAACACCACUUUUCAUCAGGAGUGAGUUGGGUGGAGGUGCAGAGCAGCAAUCAUGGUGGCCCUGUCGCUAAAGAUCGGCGUGGGAAACGUCGUGAAGACCAUGCAGUUUGAGCCCUCCACCAUGGUGUACGACGCCUGCCGCAUCAUCAGGGAGAGAGUUCCAGAGGCCCAGCUUGGCCAGCCCAAUGACUACGGGCUGUUUUUGUCUGACGAAGACCCAAAGAAAGGCAUCUGGCUGGAGGCAGGAAAGGCCCUGGACUACUACAUGUUGAGGAAUGGAGACACUCUGGAGUACAAGAAGAAACAGAGGCCUCUGAAGAUCCGCAUGUUGGACGGCACCGUCAAAACCGUCAUGGUGGAUGACUCCAAGAUUGUCAGCGACAUGCUCAUGACCAUCUGUGCAAGGAUAGGCAUUACAAACUAUGACGAGUACUCACUGGUGCGUGACAUCGGUGAAGAGAAGAAAGAGGAGAACAUGGGCACCCUGAAGAAAGAGAAGACCCUGCUGAGAGACGACAAGAAGAUGGAGAAGCUGAAACAGAAGCUUCAUACAGAUGAUGAGUUGAACUGGUUGGACCACGGCCGGACACUGAGGGAACAGGGUGUGGAGGAAACAGAGAUGCUGCUGCUCAGGAGGAAGUUCUUCUACUCAGACCAGAACGUGGACUCCAGAGACCCUGUCCAGCUCAACCUGCUCUACGUGCAGGCUCGUGAUGACAUUUUAAACGGCUCUCAUCCCGUCUCCUUUGACAAAGCCUGUGAGUUCGCAGGUUAUCAGUGUCAGAUCCAGUUCGGUGACCACAACGAGUCCAAACACAAGUCUGGAUUCUUAGAUUUGAAAGAGUUCCUUCCUAAAGAGUACAUUAAGCACAAAGGAGAGAAGAAGAUCUUUCAGGCACACAAAAACUGCCAGAACAUGACAGAGAUCGAGGCCAAAGUCAGCUACGUGAAACUGGCCCGCUCUCUGAAAACCUACGGAGUCUCCUUCUUUCUGGUCAAGGAGAAAAUGAAAGGAAAGAACAAGCUGGUGCCUCGUCUGCUGGGCAUCACCAAAGAGAGUGUGAUGAGAGUGGAUGAGAAGACGAAAGAGGUGAUUCAGGAGUGGAACCUGACCAACAUCAAACGCUGGGCCGCCUCGCCAAAAAGCUUCACCCUGGACUUUGGUGACUACCAAGACGGCUACUACUCUGUUCAGACGACUGAGGGAGAGCAGAUAGCUCAGCUUAUUGCUGGCUACAUCGACAUCAUCCUCAAGAAGAAAAAGAGUAAAGACCAUUUCGGUUUGGAGGGAGAUGAAGAGUCGACUAUGUUGGAAGACUCUGUGUCACCCAAAAAAUCCACAGUUUUGCAGCAGCAGUUCAACAAGGUGGGGAAAGCGGAGACGGGCUCCGUGGCCCUGCCGGCCAUCAUGCGCUCCGGAGCUGGAGGUCCAGAGAGCUUCCAGAUGGGCUCCAUGCCUCAGGCCAAGCAGCACAUCACCAGUGGACAGAUGCACCGGGGACACAUGCCCCCACUGACUUCAGCCCAACAAGCCCUGACUGGAACCAUUAACUCCAGUAUGCAGGCUGUCCAGGCAGCCCAGGCCUCGCUGGAUGACUUCGACACUCUGCCCCCUCUGGGAACAGAUGCUGCAUCUCAAGCCUGGCGCAAAAACAAAAUGGAUGAGUCCAAACAUGAGAUCCACUCCCAGGUGGAUGCCAUCACGGCAGGCACUGCCUCCAUGGUCAACCUCACAGCAGGUGAUCCAGCAGAGACAGACUACACAGCAGUGGGUUGUGCUGUUACCACAAUUUCAUCCAACCUGACUGAGAUGUCAAAGGGCGUUAAGUUGCUGGCAGCCCUCAUGGAGGAUGAAGGUGGGAAUGGGCAGCAGCUGCUGGGAGCUGCCAAGAACCUGGCCUGUGCGGUCUCGGACAUGCUGAAGACCGCCCAGCCUGCAAACACAGAGCCUCGACAGAACCUGCUGCAGGCUGCAGGAAAUGUGGGCCAGGCCAGUGGAGAGCUGCUGUCUCACAUAGGAGAGACGGACACUGAUCCACAGUUCCAGGACAUGCUAAUGCAGCUGGCGAAGGCUGUGGCUAACGCUGCAGCUGCUCUGGUUCUAAAAGCAAAGAAUGUGGCCCAGAAGACGGAGGACUCAGCCCAACAGAACCGUGUCAUUGCCGCAGCCACACAGUGCGCUCUGUCCACAUCUCAGCUGGUAGCCUGCACCAGGGUGGUUGCUCCCACCAUCAGCUCCCCCGUGUGCCAGGAACAGCUGAUCGAGGCGGGUAAGCUGGUGGCCAAGUCCGUGGAAGGCUGCGUGGAGGCCUCACAGGGAGCCACCAGUGACGAGGGCCUCCUCAAACAGGUGGGUGUGGCAGCCACCGGCGUCACCCAAGCCCUCAACGAACUGCUGCAGCACAUCAAACAGUACGCCAGCGGGGGUCAUCCCAUCGGACGCCACGGAGAAGCCACUGACCGCAUCCUGGACGUGACUGAGAACAUCUUCAGCUCGAUGGGAGAUGCCGGUGAGAUGGUCCGUCAGGCUCGUAUCCUGGCUCAGGCCACCUCUGAUCUGGUCAAUGCCAUCAAGAUGGACGCAGAAGGCGAAUCAGACCUGGAGAACUCACGCAAGCUGCUGUCAGCUGCCAAGCUGCUGGCUGAUGCCACUGCCAAGAUGGUGGAGGCAGCGAAGGGUGCUGCAGCAAACCCUGACAGCGAGGAGCAACAGCAGAGGUUACGAGAGGCUGCAGAAGGUCUGCGCAUGGCUACCAAUUUAGCCGCCCAGAACGCCAUCAAGAAACGUCUGGUCAAUAAACUGGAGAAUGCAGCCAAACAGGCGGCAGCAGCGGCCACUCAGACGAUCGCUGCUGCUCAACACGCCGCCUCGUCCAAUAAGAACCUGGCUGCUCAACAACAGCUGGUCCAGAGCUGCAAGGUGGUGGCUGAGCAGAUCCCUCAGCUGGUCCAGGGAGUCCGAGGCAGCCAGUCUCAGCCCGACAGCCCCAGUGCUCAGCUGGCUCUCAUCGGUGCCAGUCAGAACUUCCUCCAGCCUGGUGCCAAAAUGGUCACUGCCUCCAAAGCCACCGUUCCCACCAUCAGUGACCAGGCCUCAGCCAUGCAGCUCAGCCAGUGUGCCAAGAACCUGGCCAGUGCCCUGGCUGAACUACGCACCGCCUCACAGAAGGCUCAGGAAGCAUGUGGCCCACUGGAGAUCGAUAACGCCCUGUCCAUGGUCAGAGGACUGGAGAAGGACAUCAAGGACGCCAAGGCUGCAUCUGAGGAGGGCAAACUCAAACCACUGCCUGGAGAGACGCUGGAGAAGUGCUCUCAGGAUCUGGGGACCAGUACCAAGGCUGUGAGCUCAGCCAUCGCUCAGCUGCUGAGUGAGGCCACUCAGGGCAACGAGAACUACACAGGUAUGGCAGCCAGAGACGUGGCUCAGGCUCUGAAGUCUUUGGCCUCAUCUGCCAGAGGAGUCGCUGCCACCACAGAUGACGCCGCAGCUCGUGGUGCCAUGUUGGACUGUGCGGGUGACGUCAUGGAUAAGUCCGCCAACCUUAUUGAGGAGACCAAGAGGGCGAUCGCCAAACCAGGAGACCCUGAGAGUCAGCAGAGGCUGGCCCAGGUGGCGAAGGCAGUGUCUCAGGCCCUGAACAGAUGUGUGAACUGCCUUCCAGGCCAGAGGGAUGUGGACAACGCCAUCCGCACUGUCGGUGAAGCCAGCAAGACUCUCCUGGCUGAUUCAUUCCCAUCCAGUGGAAGGAGCUUCCAGGAGGUUCAGGCUCAGCUGAAUGAAGUGGCGGCCGGUUUGAACCAGUCUGCCAACGAGGUGGUCCAGGCUUCCAGAGGAACCACUCAGGACCUGGCCAGAGCCACCAGCAAGUUUGGAAAGGACUUCAGCAACUUCCUGGAGGCCGGUGUGGACAUGGCCGGAACGUCACAGUCUAAAGAAGACCAGACCCAGGUGGUGUCCAACCUGAAGACAAUCUCUAUGUCAUCCAGCAAACUGCUGCUGGCGGCCAAAGCCUUGUCCACCGACCCCAGCUCCCCGAACCUCAAGAACCAACUUGCAGCAGCUGCUCGGGCAGUUACAGACAGCAUCAACCAGCUCAUCACCAUGUGCACCCAGCAGGCUCCAGGUCAGAAGGAGUGUGACAACGCCCUGAGAGAGCUGGAGUCGGUCAGGGGGAUGUUGGAGAACCCGACUGAAGCUGUCAAUGACUUGUCUUACUUCGACUGCGUAGACAGUGUCAUGGAAAACUCAAAGGUCCUUGGUGAGUCCAUGGCUGGCAUUUCCCAUAAUGCCAAGAACUCCAACUUGCCAGAGUUUGGUGAUUCAGUCAGUUCAGGUUCCAAAGCAUUGUGUGGUCUGACUGAAGCAGCUGCACAGGCUGCCUAUCUAGUGGGAGUGUCUGAUCCCAACAGUUCUGCGGGUCAGAAGGGCUUGGUGGAUCCAGCUCAGUUUGCCCGAGCUAACCAGUCGAUCCAGAUGGCCUGUCAGAACCUGGUGGACCCAGCCUGUACCCAGUCCCAGGUGCUCUCGGCUGCCACCAUCGUGGCCAAACACACCUCUGCGCUGUGCAACGCCUGCCGCCUGGCCUCCUCCAAAACCCCCAACCCUGUGGCUAAGAGACAGUUUGUCCAGUCAGCUAAAGAGGUGGCCAACACCACCGCCAACCUGGUCAAGUCUAUCAAGGCUUUGGAUGGAGCCUUUAACCAGGAGAAUAGAGAGAAGUGUAAGGCAGCCACUGGUCCGCUCAUAGAAGCUGUGGACAACCUGACAGCCUUCGCCUCAAACCCAGAGUUCGCCAGCAUUCCUGCCCAGAUCAGCCCUGAGGGUCACGCAGCCAUGGAGCCCAUUGUUGCUGCAGCCCAGACGAUGCUGGAGAGUUCGACAGGCCUGAUCCAGACCGCCCGCUCUCUGGCUGUCAACCCCAAAGACCCCCCUAAGUGGUCGGUGCUGGCCGGACACUCCAGGACUGUGUCUGACUCCAUCAAGAAGCUCAUCACCAACAUGAGAGAAAAGGCUCCUGGCCAGAGAGAAUGUGACGAUGCCAUUGAGGUGCUGAACGGCUGCAUCCGUGAGGUCGACCAGGCAUCUCUGGCUGCCAUUAGCCAGCAACUGACGCCCCGAGAGGACAUCUCCAUGGAGGCUCUUCAUGAACAAAUGGCGGCCUCAGUCCAUGAGAUCAGUAAUUUGAUUGAACCUGUGGCCGUGGCCGCUCGCUCUGAAGCCUCCCAGCUCGGUCACAAAGUAUCUCAGAUGGCCAGCUACUUUGAGCCUCUGAUCAUGGCGGCUAUUGGCACAGCAUCCAAGAUCCUGAGCAGCCAACAGCAGAUGGCUGUGUUAGACCAGACCAAAACCCUGACAGAGUCGGCCCUGCAGAUGCUCUACACCGCCAAGGAGGCUGGGGGAAACCCCAAGGCUGCACACAUGCAGGAGAAUUUGGAGGAGGCCGUGCAGAUGAUGAAAGAAGCCGUUGACGACCUGGGCGCCACUUUGGCUGAGGCGGCCAGCGCAGCGGGGGCUGUGGGUGGCAUGGUCGACUCCAUCAACGACGCCAUCAAUAAAAUGGAAGACGCUCCUGGACUUGAACCUGAGGGCACAUUCGUGGACUACCAGACCACCAUGGUUAAAACAGCCAAGGCUAUCGCUGUCACUGUGCAGGAGAUGGUAACAAAGUCUAACACCAACCCUGAUGACCUCGGAGGACUUGCCAACCAGCUGACCAAUGAGUUUGGAAAUCUGGCAACGGAGGCCAAAUACGCCGCCAUGACUGCAGAGAAUCAUGAAAUUGGUUCCCACAUUAAGAAGCAGGUGGGCGAGCUGGGUUUCAGCUGCACAGGUCUGGUGACCAAAGCAGGAGCCCUGCAGUGCAGCCCCAACGACACUUUUACCAAGAAAGAGCUCAUUGAAAGUGCCCGGAAAGUCUCUGAGAAGGUCUCCCAUGUGUUGGCGUCCCUACAGGCAGGUAACCGUGGCACCCAGGCCUGCAUCACUGCCGCCAGCGCCGUCUCUGGAAUUAUUGCAGACCUGGACACCACCAUUAUGUUUGCUACUGCUGGUACUCUGAACAGAGAAAACGCAGAGACCUUCGCUGACCACAGAGAGUGCAUCUUGAAGACCGCCAAGGCUCUGGUGGAGGAUACCAAAUUGUUGGUGUCCGGGGCCGGAGCCAGUCAGGAGAAACUGGCCCAGGCUGCCCAGUCCUCAGUGUCCACCAUCACUAAACUGGCUGAUGUGGUUAAACUGGGAGCUGCCAGUCUGGGUUCUGAAGACCCAGAGACCCAGGUCGUCCUGAUUAAUGCAGUCAAGGAUGUGGCUAAAGCUUUGGGCAACCUCAUCAGCACCACCAAGGCAGCAGCAGGCAAACCUCAUGACGACCCCAGCAUGCUUCAGCUGAAGAACUCCGCAAAGGUGAUGGUGACCAAUGUGACGUCACUGUUGAAGACGGUGAAGGCAGUGGAGGAUGAAGCCACCAAGGGAACCAGAGCUCUGGAGGCCACCAUUGAACACAUUAAACAGGAGCUGGCUGUUUUCAGCACUUCUGACCCACCAGCAAAGACAACAUCACCUGAAGAGUUCAUUCGCAUGACGAAAGGAAUCACCAUGGCAACAGCAAAGGCGGUGGCAGCUGGGAACUCUUGUCGUCAGGAGGACAUCAUCGCCACAGCGAACCUGAGCAGAAGAGCCAUCGCUGACAUGCUUCACUCCUGCAAGGAGGCUGCGUACCACCCAGAGGUCAGCAAAGAGGUCCAGAUGAGAGCUCUGCGCUAUGGAAAUGAGUGUGCCACCGGAUAUCUGGGACUCCUGGAACAUGUGUUGGUGAUCAUCCAGAAGCCUUCUCAUGAUCUGAAGCAGCAGCUGGCCACCUACUCCAAGAGGGUGGCGGGUUCUGUCACUGAGCUCAUCCAGGCUGCAGAGGCCAUGAAAGGCACCGAGUGGGUGGACCCCGAGGAUCCCACCGUUAUUGCAGAGAACGAGCUGCUGGGAGCCGCGGCGGCGAUUGAAGCCGCUGCCAAGAAACUGGAGCAGCUGAGGCCGAGGACCAAACCCAAGGAGGCAGAUGAGAGCUUGAACUUUGAAGAGCAGAUUCUUGAGGCGGCCAAGUCCAUCGCAGCUGCCACCAGUGCUCUGGUCAAAGCCGCUUCAGCAGCGCAGAGGGAACUGGUGGCUCAAGGAAAGGUGGGAGCGAUUCCAGCCAAUGCCGUGGAUGAUGGACAGUGGUCUCAGGGCCUCAUUUCAGCCGCCCGAAUGGUUGCCGCAGCAACUAACAACCUGUGUGAGGCAGCCAACUCUGCGGUGCAGGGCCACGCCAGCGAGGAGAAGCUCAUCUCUUCAGCCAAACAGGUGGCGGCCUCCACCGCUCAGCUCCUGGUGGCCUGCAAGGUCAAGGCAGACCAGGACUCCCAGACCAUGAAGAGGCUCCAGGCUGCCGGAAACGCUGUGAAGAGGGCGUCCGAUAAUCUGGUGAAAGCGGCACAGAAAGCGGCGUUCGAUGCUCAGGACGACCAGGCCGUGGUGGUCCAGAGUAAGAUGGUGGGCGGCAUCGCUCAGAUCAUCGCUGCUCAGGAGGAGAUGCUGAGGAAAGAGCGGGAGUUGGACGAGGCCCGGAAGAAGCUGGCCAUGAUCCGACAGCAGCAGUACAAGUUCCUGCCGUCGGAGCUGAGGGAGGACGGGCAGGACUAGUGAAAGUCAGGAACUGAUCCACGGAACGCUCCGGACCUCCUGAACGUCUGCCGCCGGCACACAGGAGGCGUUCACGCUUCAGAUGUAACCAGUAACACAGAUGGUUGUGAAUGAUGACUGUGUUUAAGUUCAGCAGCAGAAGAACGCCUUUAGAUACUCCUUCUGAUAAUAGAACAAACAUAGCCCUUAGUCCUCCUUUAAGGUGUUUUUGUGCUUUUGACUAUAUAUGAUCAUAUCCUUUUUGAAUAUAUCUGCCUCUUUUUAGUUCUUUUUUGUUUUUUCUAUCUGGGUUGCAUGUCUUUGUUCUGUGUACAUGAUGCGUGGCUCGGUAAAAAAAUGAGUCCUGCCAUGAAAUUCUGCUGACCUUCAUUCUGUAGAACUUUACUGUCAGGAAGUAGAUGAAUGGAGGCAGGCGUGAGUUUAGCUUUAUGACAUUUUUCUAUGCAGAUGUUUGUGCGCCAGGAGCUUUAGAGGCAAGAAGAGAGUCAACGUGUAAGUGAUUUCUUAUUUUUUCUUGGUCUGCGGUUGCACGACAAUGAUGAUAUUCAGUAUGUUAGGGGUCAUACUGUCUAAAUCUGAAAUAAGGACGAGGAAAUCCAAUGGUUUUUUAGUCUAGAUUUGCAAUAAUGAACUUUGCGACGGAACAAAUCAGAGGAAAAGCCUUAUUUUUUUAAAGACUAGUUAUGAAAUGUAUGAAAAAGGUGUCUUCCAUUCAGUCAAAUUAGGUCUUUUGGUGUUCGUUCAGUAUUUGGUUUGAAGAAGCCGCCGUAUUUACCGGUAGAUUGGACUUUUUUUUUUUUUUUUGCUUAAAAAUCACAAAGCCAUAUAUUUAACUUUAAGAUAUAUAAAAUCUUUUGGACUGUAUUUGGGUGCUCAGUGUCGUCUGAUUCACGUCUGUAACAUAUCUGUGCCAAAACCAGUUUCUGAUGCGAUGCUUACUGUGUUUUCUAAUGACUUCCUGUUGUCGUAUUCCAGUCCACUGAUGCCAGUCUGAUGUGUACAUGAUGUUUGGGCAGCGUAACGCUUCUAUUGGAUAGGCCUUAAAUAGAGAUUAGAUUAUUUCACAUUAGCCAAGGCUAAUGGUAUAGUAUCUUAUUAUUUGUCACCAGUUUAUCCUACUAAGUGCCAUUUUUAAUUAUUUUUUCCAGUUUUAACUGAUAUCAGCCAUUUACCCUCCAAGUCCAUUGAACUCAUUGGAUUAAUUUAUCAGAACGUUUAAAUUCAGUCCUUUUUCUUUGCUUAUUAUUUUAAGAACAAAUGAGGCACAGUGAGAACGGUGGACUAGAACAGUGACUGUUAUCACACAGAGCCGCCGUCUGCUUUUGUUCACGUUUUGUGGUUUCUAUGGAACGCUGGUGUCCAGCAGCACCACAUCAUGGGCACUGUAACAGAGAUUUUUAUUCAAUAAAGCCAAUUUUCAUUGAAA